AGAGGAAGCUUAAAUAAUAUGAAAGACUUCUAAAGAUUGAAAUUUCAAGCCACGGCUAAGUGGUGACAGCCAAUUAGCGUAGCUGUACAUAUAUACCAGCACUGUACUCAAGUGAAGUCCCUUUUAAAAAUAAAAAAAGGUUCCAGAGAGCCGGUGGUAUAUCGCGGUAAUCCCAUAUUAUUUUAAACCGGUUAUUCCCGGUGUCAGUCACCCCUUAACAGUUACAGCUUUACAAAGGACAGAUAGGACAAGUCUCGCAAGUUGUAGGACGUGGAUUUGUCUAUAUAUAAAACCCUGAAUUCUGUGCCGCUGUAUAAUAUUCCUACAUUUGAAGCAAUUUGGCUAUGGAGGGACCUGAAUUUUCAAACACAUAUGCGGAGCAAAGCGAGGAGAUGUCGGAGAGGCUAUUCCGGAAGAGGCGUUGCUGUUUUUGCUUUCCGUCGUCAGGAGGCGUCGGCUUGAAAUGGUGGCGUAAGGAACAGACUGAGGAGGUGAAACAAGGUUCUGUUUGGGCUAAAGGGAUUAACGCUUUAAUGAAGCUACGAGAGUGGUCGGAGAUUGUGGCGGGGCCGAGAUGGAAAACUUUCAUCCGGCGUUUCAAUCGGAACAAAAAUGGGACGCAAGGGAAAUUCCAGUACGAUCCUCUCAGUUAUGCGUUAAACUUCGACGAAGGUAAUAAUGGAGAGGAGGAUGAGUACGGGCUCCGGGAUUUCUCAACGCGCUACGCCUCAAUUCCGGCGUCGGCUAGAGGGUCCCUGGAUUUGGGCAGGGAUGGGCCUAACUUCGUCUGAAUGGCCCUGUCAACUGACAACGAAUUCAGUGGUGGGGAAUGGGCCCACAGCUCAUCAUGACUGGUCAUUUUCAAUUAUUCGUAAUAGUAUAAUCAAUUGAUAUGCUAGUACAGUAUAUUUUAAUAGUAUUAGUUUUAUACGUUUCAAUUGGCUAAUGAGUUGGUCAAUUUGUGCAUAAAUAAAGAUAAAGGAUGAUUAAUCAGAGGAACAAGCAAGUUUUGGGGAGUACUUUAUAUUGCGGCAUUAUUUAUUGUUGAAAAAAUGGUUAAAUUUA